UUGGUGGAAUUUUACCCAACAUUGGACGUCCAUGUCUCCCGCUUUGGCCAGGUCAGCUCCCAGCGAGCUUAACCACUGGUGGAGUCAGCUGAAAUUUCGCUUUCAGCACAAGAAAGGAUGGAAUGAAAUGCUGGAUGAGACUUUUCUGCAGCAUACUAAGUGUACCAAUGACAUUCCUCUAUUCUACGCGGCGAAAAACAACAGCACGGGCUGCAUCAAAAAGUUGCUCGGCUGCUCCUCCACCAACAUCUUUGAGAGAGGCGCUCUUGGUGAGACAGCACUCCACGUGGCCGCCAUGAAUGACAACCUGGACGCCGCCGUGGCCUUGAUGGACGGCGCCCCAGAACUCAUCAACGAGCCCAUGACCACUGACCUUUUCCAAGGUGUUACUCCUCUCCAUAUUGCUGUGGUGAAUCAGAACUUCUACUUGGCACAUCAUCUGGUUAGUCGCGGGGCAGAUGUAUCCACGCCCAGAGUCACUGGCCUCUACUUUCGAAAGCGAAUUGGAGGACUUAUAUAUUAUGGCGAACACAUUCUUUCUUUUGCUGCAUGUGCUGGCAACGAAGACAUCAUUUCUUUGAUCAUUAACUCCGGGGCCAGCACCAGAGUCCAAGACUAUCGUGGUAACACGGUACUUCAUGUUUUGGUGCUGCAACCCAACAAGACGAUUGCGUGCCAGGCUAUGGACCUCAUAAUGGCCCGCGAUGCAGAGCUUGACCAGUCGGUACCGCUGGACAUGGUUCCCAACUCCAGAGGCCUGACGCCUUUUAAACUGGCAGCUAAAGAGGGCAACACAGUGGCUUUUCAGCACCUGGUUAACAAAAGGCGUUUAGUCCAGUUGAGUCUUGGACCAUUGACUUCGCACCUCUACGAUCUGAGCGAGAUUGAUUCAUGGGCUGACAACAUGUCGGUGCUGGAGCUCAUCGUGGGAAGCCCACAGAAAGAGGCCAGAAGAAUACUUGAAGUGACCCCUGUGAGGCAGCUGGUGAGCCUCAAGUGGAACCUGUAUGGAAAACAUUACUUCAGACUCCUCAUGGUUUUUUAUCUGCUCUACAUUGGAAUGUUCACACUAUGCUGCACAUAUCGCCCCUUAAAGGACAUUCCGGAGAACUACACAUCAUCAGAUAUGGACAAAACUAUCAGAGUCCAGAAAACACUGCGGGAAAGUUAUGUGACACAUGAGGACAAGUUGCGUCUGGUAGGAGAGAUCCUCAGCGUCCUCGGAGCUUUGGUCAUCUUGUUGCUGGAGAUCCCUGACAUCCUGAGGGUGGGAGCAAAACGCUACUUUGGUCAAACGGCGAUGGGUGGCCCUUUCCAUUUCAUCCUUGUGAGCUACGCAUGCCUGGUGGUGCUGCUUUGCAUAUUCCGAGCCUGCGGCGUGCAGGGCGAGGCCGAGGUCAUGGCUGUGUGUUUAGUGCUGGGAUGGACCAACGUCACGUUCUUUGCCCGUGGCUUUGAAAUGCUCGGCCCGUACGUCAUUAUGAUCCAGAAGAUUAUAUUUGGGGACCUGACAAAGUUUAUGUGGCUGAGCGUCAUUGUACUUCUUGGUUUUUCAACUUCCCUAUGGAUGGUGUACAUGACUCAGGAUCCAGAGUCCCUCCCAGCGUACCGCUCCUUUCCCAUCACGCUUUUCUCCCAGUUCGAGCUCAGCGUAGGCCUCAUUGACCUGCCGGUGGACCACACCUUCACCACGCCCCCUAUUGUCCAUGUGCUGCACUGCGCCUUCUCUGUGGUGUCUUACAUACUUUUGCUCAACUUGCUGAUCGCCAUGAUGAGCGACACCCACUGGCGGGUGGCUCAGGAGCGAGACGAGCUCUGGAGGACUCAGGUGGUGGCAACAACGCUGAUGCUAGAGAGGAGGCUGCCACGCUGCCUUUGGCCUCGACUCGGAGUGUGCGGGCUGAGCUACGGCCUGACCGAGCGCUGGUAUCUUCGAGUGGAAGACAGGAACGACCCCAUGAUGCAGAAGAUGCGCCGAUAUGUUAAAAUGCUCACCAAUGAAGACGAAAAAGAGGGAUCGGAAAAGCCUGAUGUGAACACAAAGGUUCGACCAAGAAAUAGGAGAUCCAUGGGAGGCUGGAAGAUGAUUCGUGAAAGUGCUUUGGGCGCAGAUGUGGAGGUGGAGAUGGAUGAGCCCGAGCCUGAGGAGGAGGGAGACAUUCACUUUGUCUAAUCGAGACAUUUUAACAUUUUAGUCUUUUAUAUAAAAUGGUGCAAUUUUUCUUGCAGUGUUACACAGUAGAGAAGUGUCAUGUUUUUAUAACAAAAUAGGCACAAAUAGCAGAAAUAUAAGCAGAGAGAACUAUGAGUAACACAGGCAAAAUUGGCAAAAUGGUUAUAAUAAUAAUAACUACGUAGACCUUCAAGCAGGACUGAACGGGCCCUCGCAGGUUGGAGCAACUCGGACGUACACUGCGAAAAGUAGGGGAAUACAUUGAAAAAUGUUAUCGUUGUAUUCUCUUGUUUUAUUUCCCUGGUUUUUGCGGUGUUCGCGUUUUUUUUUCUAUACGAAAAACGUGAAAACCGCGAAAAACGAGAGAAUACAGCGAAAAAAAUGUCACUGUAUUCCCCCGCUUUUCCGCUGAAUUUUUUUUUUUUUUUGUUACUGUAUCCCCUCGUUUUUCGUGUUUUUCGCGGAAAUGCGGGGGAAUGCGUCCAUGAAAAAAAAUCUGAUUUCUUUCGAACAGAGAGUCAUCAUGGCAACAGAGACAUGUGGACAUGGGCCUUAAAAUGUCGCCUUACAAAAGGUCUUGUAAAUACAAUGACCAAAACUGAAAAUAACUGGACAUGUAUAAUAGGAGUGGGAACCUCUGGGCACCUCACGAUACGAUACGAUUCGCGAUACAAGGCUCACGAUAACGAUUAUCUCACGACAUCACAAUAUAGCAAUUAUCAAUAUAUUGGUCAGAAAUGUGAUACAUGAUAUUCUACGAUACAACAGUUGAAACGAAAAAAAAAAGAUAUUUCAAAAUAGAAGGAGCACUGUUUAAGUCAUUUAUUAAACAGUGAUACCUUUUCUGUGCAACAUUGCUGUAAAAUAUGAAUCUACUGCAAAUUGUGUACCUGCAUGUAGAGGAAACAAACCACAACCACUGAUAUCUCUUGGAGAAAUCAUGAUGAAUGGCACCCUUCAUUUCUUUAGAGUUUUAAAUCUUUAAAAAAAAUAAUAAUAAUAACAGUGCUGUAGGCGUCAGUCAGCAGUUGAGCUUGGAGUGGGGCGAUUAUAAAAUUGGUGGGUCUUUUAUUCGUAUAUGACCUUUGUUGCCAAAAGCAUUGGUUUGAGCACUUCCACCAUCUGCUUCAGCAU